ACGAGUGAUAUGAACACGGCCACUUAAAAAUCACUGUAAACACUCGAGAUAUACUCAACGAAAAAUAAGCGUCACGUAUAUGAAUUUAUCGAAGAACACGUUGAUUUGAUAAUCAUUUUCGCGCUAGAAAUGAUAGAAUCACGACAAAUCCCGAACGUCGAUGAGACACGCGGUACCGUUACCCUUCCGGCAAAAUCCGCGUGUAAUCGUGCAUCUCCGCACACGUUUCGCGAGGCUAUUGACAUGGAACUAACGAGGGAAAAGAACCUUACUGUUAAUGUAGGGGAAGUAACAUCAAAUCAACAUCGAGAGAAUUCUGCACAUUUGUGGUAAAAUUGUAGAUGCAACGUAUAUGAAAGCAAACAUCCGUAUGUCGAAAGUGGUCGCGUUGCUUUAAAAUUCACUCUCACCGCUUUCUUAACGGAGGGAAUACAUGGAGGCGUUCAUCUAGUAUUACACGUCUAGAUGUAUGUAUAUGUGUGUGGGUGUUUGCACUACACACAGUAGAAAAAGAGAAUUCACAAAAACAUGCAUAUAGUUGAUGAGAGAUAGAGAGAGAGACACACACACACACACACACAUACACAUACACGACAAGCAAACAAAAUUGUGCGCGUACAAUCAGUAAGACGCCACGCCUCCACGAACCGAAGCUGAACGGUUGGAACCCGAAGUGACCACUCGACCGUCGUAUUUUUUGAACAAAAGUAUCGCGAAUCGGCAAAUGCGGCAUGUGCCAGAGUACACGAGGAGCGCCGUCUGCCAACACGACCUGCCGCCCGUUGAGCACCUACAUAUUUAGCCUGGAAUCCUCGACCGUCAUAAAGAAAAAACUUGGCUCUAAAUGGCAUCACAUCGUAAUCUAUAUUUGAUCACAAGUUGAACAUUCAACGUUAUGUCCUGUUGCGAGGGAGUCGAUAAUAUCGAACGUUCUCCUGGCACUGGUUGUUGUGGAACGAAGUGUACGGUCGGAUCAAGUGGAUGUUCCACUUUAGAAUCUCGUAUUCGUUCUUGCCAUUGUCAAAAUAACGUCGGUUGUUUGGAUCGUAAUGAUUGUGGCGGAUUUCGUCCUAGUGGUACUGCAGCUACAGGCGCAUGUCCAGGACCGUGUCAAUGCUUAGAGGAGGAAAUCUGGAAUAGUAACGUUCCACCUAAGCCGAAUUGCGAGUGGUUAAGCAACUUCUCUGAGCUCCGACGGCAGUGGAGCAAUCAUGCUCGUCAACAGAACUGCAAGUGUUGCAACUGUCGAUCAUGUAGAACUGUCGCCCCCUGUCGACCGUGCUUACCGACAACGCUUUGCACUUCCGACUUCGUCGUACCUUCAUCGGACUGUCAGGAUUAUUGCGAGGAUCAUCGUUUAGCCGGUGGUGCAAACGAUAAAAGAGAUUUAAGUCCAGUGGAAUCAACAUCCUCGAGGGAGUCUCGUAAUGUUCGAAGAGAAGCCGGGGGUGGUUGUCCGCCACCAGGAUGUGGUCGAUCCUGCCAAACGGCACGCUGUCGAUCACCUAGUACGGAUCGUUCCUCUUCGUGCUCUUGGUGUCCUACGUCGGUACAGCGCCCUUCUUCUCCAUGUAAACCAUCGAAUCUUUGUCAACCCUGUGCUCCUUCACCAAAGUCCAUCUUAAAAAAGCGAAGCUGUUGUCAGUGCGCAACCGGUUAUUGCAUGUGUCAACCGAUGCCACGGAACUGUAAUUGUCCUCCUCCGAUCCAAAUUGAUGCUCGAGCAGAACGAGAUUGCACUUGCGACUGUCCUUCCUCUCCGGAAUGUGCAUGUCCACCGAGCGAACGAAGAUUUCCUAGAACAAUAGUGAAAUGUCCCAACGCCAGAUUAUGUUGUCCAUUGCCGCGAUUACCGCCCGGUUCAAAGUGUCACUGCGAUCGCUGUCAGCCCUGUUUACCGGCACCUUGUGAUCCCUGUACUUCCAGCAUCUGUCAGAAUGUCAUUCCAAAAGCGAAUCCCUGUUGUCCAAGUUCACCGUGUCCACCGCGUUCUCCUUGCCGUCCUAAAUCUCCUGAUCUUCAACCUUGCCGCUUGCCGUCACCUUGUCGUAAAUCAACGCAACGAUAUUGUCUCGGAAGGAAUUCUUGUCGUGAUGAUACUUACAAUGCAUGUCCACGUGUUGCGAAUGAUAGACGAUCGUCGGGAACCUGCGGAGGAACAGGUCAGUCUUCGACGAUUCGUCGUAGACGGGCAGGCGGUGAUAAGCGUGAAGAAAUAAUUGCAACGAAAUUCAAGGACGAGUCAAUAAGCACAAACGAUCACGAGGGUGAACCGCGAAAUCCUUUCUUAUCGGGAUACUGUGAGAAAGCCGACGAUAGAGAAUGCGAACGCGAGGGUGGGGGUUGUUCGUACGAACUGGAUUUGCUUGAUUGUCGUCGACAUAUCGACAGGUCUGACGAAAUUCGAUCGGACAAUGCUUUCAAUCAUACUUCCAGCUUGAAUACAGUUAGUUGCUCUGCUUAUCAACGUCGCGAUGAAUCCGUUCAAGUGAGAUUCGAUAUUGAUUGCGAUUAUUCUCGUGAAUUAGCUUCAAUCGAUGAUUCAUCUUGUCAUCGUCGCCAUCAUCGUGAUCCAAAUAGUACGUGCAAUUCUUCUUGCACAAAAUCUUUUCAGGAUUGUUUACAAUGUUGUUGCGGUCGGGAUGAAAUCGGAUGCGAUCUUUACUGCGAUUAUUGUUGUUCUUUUAAGGAUGAACCACGAUGUCGUUGCGCACCCGAUGGGAAUGGCUGCGAUAAAACGUGCAAUUAUUGUUGUGCGUUUAAUGAUUCCGACAUAAUUAUUGUCGAUAACAUUUCGACCAUGAAAGACGAGCGAAAGGAUGUUUCAAACGUUAUCUCGAACGGUGAUGAUUAAUGAUGAUAAUCGAUGAAUAGAAGAAAAUAAUGAGGGUGCAAUAUAGAAACCGCCUAAUGUCGCUUCGUGAAUAUUGUUAUUGUUGCACGUAUACGCGUAAAUAUGUUUUUAUCCAUUUGCGGACAAUAUUGAUUAUCCGAUAUUUUUUUGUACAUGAAGUUUAUUUAUUUAGAUAUUUUUGACAAAAAUUAUUUUAUUACACAUAUAAACGUAUAUCUCUAACGAGACUGUACAUGCAUAUAAACACUGUCCGUUAAUGGAUUAAAGAACGUGCAAGGAAUGAACUAUGCAUCAAUUCAAAAAAAGUUGAAAUUAAAGUUUAUCACCGAAGAAAGUUGGAUUCGAUUUUAAUUCGACUAAUCUUUCCUAUAAUCAUAAUUCCGAUGCAUUGCAUUUAAAAGACGUGCAGACUCGUCCUUGCACGCGCUCGAGUGAGAUAGACAUUUACUUGUAUCCUUGUCUGUGUCUCACCAAAGGGCCAAUGUGACACGUGGUGUGGUGGGUCCGGUAGGUGGAGAUAACACGACGAUGAUAACAUGGAGCACAAGCGCACAGACCUGUCGGUGCAAUUGGAAGAAGAGAGACGUGUCCUGCAAGGACAUCUUCUCUUACA